ACUACUACAUUACUUUCCCUCCCUUCCCCUUCUUCUCUGCCUCACAUGUACUCAUUGCAUCAAUCCUUCCUACAAGGAACCAAGACAAAAGCCCAUUAAAUUUCAGAUACCUCCAAACCCUCCACCCCUCUCCUUCCAUUUUUUUAAUUUUUCUGGUUAUGCAAGAUCCUUCUCUGGAUAUCAUCCCUCCCACUGCAAAUCAAAUCAAACCCUUGGAUACCCACUUCUUCAUCAUCUUUGUUUUUUUCUCUUCUUGAAGCAUUUCUUUCAACAAUAUCUGGUUUUGCUUUAAUCUUUUCUCUUGCUGGGGUUUGUAUGUUCUGCUCUGUUCCUCCCUCUGUUCAUGGCUGCAGCUACUACUGCUACUCCUAUCCGGCAAAACCACAGUACCAGCAACAACAACAACAACAAUGAAGUUAACAGGGAAGAAAUCCAAGCUGCCAUUGCCAAGGCUGUGGAGCUCAGAGCCAUUCAUGCAGCUGUGCUCCAGGGGAACAGCCCCUCCAAUAUCAGAUUCCCCUCUGUUGCUUCUCCUAUUUCUAAGUUCUCUGCUCAAGACUACCCUGUUUUCACUCCUAGCUAUGAAGAUGAACCAUUGCCUGGGUAUCAGCAAAUUCAACUGGAAAAUCAAACUUUGCCUGAAGGUUGGGAUGAGUACAAGCUAGGAGGAAAUGGCGAUGAUGCCAUUUUAUCGGAUCAUAAAAAGGAGAACUCAUCUUCAAGGAAGGGACUGCCUUCUAGUUUGGUGAACUUAGAACAUCAUAUUUGUCCAGCUGAGGAUCAUAAAUCUGUGUAUGGCUCAUCUGGGAACCACCAAAUUUCUGUGCUUCAAACAUCACCUGGAACCGAUUGCUACCAGUCCAAAAGGAGAUAUAGUUUGGGUGACUUCAGAUCAUCUACAUCUUCUUGCAACAAAUGUAAGCCUGCAAUUAUAAGUUCCGACACCGAUACUGCGAAGAACAGCAGGAGUUCUAACAUUGUCGUUCCCCUAACAGAUUCUCAUUCAUCCAUUCACUCGCAACCAAAGAGCAAGGGAGUGAUCCUUUCGUGGCUGUUUCCCCGGUUAAAGAAGAAGCAUAAGAAUGGAAGCUCACCUAAUCGAGCAGAGUCUGAAGAUGGUGCUCAGUAUUUCAAGGACUUUGGGAUAAUGUCAUUUGAAACACUCAAGAAAGAGCUCAUGGAAGCGAAUGAGAAUCGAAAUGCUGCCUUAACGGAGGUCGCGGAGAUGAAAUCUUCAUUGGGGGAUCUGAAACAGAAGCUGGAGUACUUGGAAAUCUACUGUGAAGAGCUCAAAAAGGCAUUGAAACAAGCAGCACAAGUGAAGGAUUCCCAAGUGGCUGAAAAACUAGGGAAUUUUUCAAAAAGAGUGAAAUCCAUUGAUGGGAAUGGAGAAAGCUUCAUGCCCGUGAGCGAGGAAGUAAUGGUGGAAGGGUUCUUGCAGGUAGUCUCCGAAGCAAGAUUAUCGGUAAAACACUUCUGCAAGACCCUUGUAGCCCAGAUUGAAGAAACUGAUAAUAGCCUUUUGGAGAACCUAAACUUGCUUUUACAGCCGUAUAAACUGUCUCUAAGUUCAAAGUACUCGAAGGCGGCAUUGUACCAUUUGGAGGCCAUCAUGAACCAAUCACUCUACCAGGACUUUGAGAACUGCAUAUUCCAAAAGAAUGGCUCGCCAAAAUUCCUAGACCCCCAGCAGGAUCGCCAAGCGCAAUUCUCGUCGUUUGUCCAGCUCAGGAACUUGAGUUGGAAUGAGGUGCUGAGAAAAGGAACCAAGUACUAUAGUGAAGAAUUCAGCAAGUUCUGUGACCAGAAGAUGAGUUGCAUUGUUUCAACUUUGAACUGGAAUAGGCCAUGGCCUGAGCAGCUGCUGCAGGCAUUCUUUGUUGCUGCCAAGUGCAUUUGGUUGCUCCAUUUGCUUGCCUUUUCUUUCGAUCCUCCGCUCGGGAUUCUAAGGGUCGAUGAAAAUCGAAGUUUCGAUCCAAAUUACAUGGAAGAUAUCUUCAUGGACAGGCAGAAGCCACAUGGUCCAAGCAGGGUUAAGGUCAUGGUGAUGCCAGGGUUUUAUGUUCUGAAUAGGGCCUUAAGGUGUAAGGUUCUUUGCAGGUACAAAUCUGCAGCCUAAGCAAUUCAAAACUGUAAUUGUACCUUUUCUUUUUUACCUUCUCCAGUCUGACCCAAAGAAGCUUGUUCACCUAAACAAUCUGCAGCCUAAGCAAAUUCAAGAAUCAAAAUCUGUAGACUGUCAAAUUUGUGCCAAAGGGAUUUCAGUUUUCUC